AUGGCUCGGUUCAUUUUGAACCAGUAUAGAAAAUAUCAGUCAACAGACCAGCAGCUUUGUAAAGCGAUUGAUGAAAUGCACUUUAAGGCAAAAUGUUAUUGUGACUACCUACAUAAUUGUAGAAGAUACAAGGAAAUUAAUGCAGAGUUCAAAGGGAAAGGAGAGAGAAGUGUUGAAGAUACAGCUAGAAUGGUCGGUUUCAAGCUUCCUCAUGACCCGAAGUAG